UAUAAAUUCACCGAACCACCGUCUUCCCUGAUCAGCUGAUUCAGUACCUCUACUCUAUCACCUUGAGACUCUUCACUCUUGUCUUGUGUGUUUGCCAAGCCGUGAAGCCGAUCGAGCAAAGCCACUGGGCACCGUCUCACAAUUACUGGCCAAGCUGAGACAAUGGAGGAUGCGAGGGGGUACCGGGGGAUACCGGCGUUCGGGGAAUGGAACUACGACGACUACGGCGACGACUGGUCCGUGCUCACCCAGCGUUUCGAGUCGGCGAUGAACAUCCCGUUGCCCGUACACAAACCCUGCAAGAGAGCGAGGGCAGGUCGCAGGAGGCGCGUCCCUGCGUUCGGCGAGUGGAACAACCACGGCGAUGGCGAUGGCGAUGGCCACGCCGGUGGCUGGACGGCGGCCGUCGUCAACCAGCAAGCACACAAACCACUCAAACAGGAAUUCACUAGCUACGACGACAGUGGCGUCUUCACCAUGGGGAAGCAACGAAAGCUGGCCAGGCAAACCUGGGUGGAUGACUCUGGGUCCAACGUGGCCAUGGAACCCUUCUCCUUCACGACGGACAAAGGUGCUGACGAUGAUGACCUGUACGAGGUCCCACCGGACAUGCUCUGCUCCAAGCCACUACGGAAGAGUAGGACAUGGCUGAGGAGCCUACUGAUAAGGUGUUGCGGCCUCAACUGCUUGGUCUAACCAUUGAAGGACAGUGACGGCCGAAGUACCCAUCGAAGCAAAGGCCACAUCUUGUUUGAUUUUGCAUGCACCUAGGGCUCACAUUACAUGUUUUGAUGGAUCGAUGGAUGAACUGCACGAUGUAGUUUGAUGUCUUUGAGAAUGUAACUACUUCCUCUGUUUGUAAAUAUAAAUCUUUUUACGGAUUGCACUAUGGACUACAUACGAAGCAAAAUGAAUGAAUCUAUAUGCAUCCGUAUGUAGUCCGUAGUGAAAUCUCUAAAAAGACUUAUAUUUCAGAACAGAUGGAGUAUGUAGUAAGAUGAAAGUGGUAGGUUGAUGAAAUAU